AUGAUCAGUAGCCUAUUUUUGAGCUUAAUGAUUUUGCAGAGUGUUCUUGCAAAAUUAGCAGUGGAGGAUAUAAAGACAGUGCAUGAGACUUUUGUUGGCGAGAAGCAAGAUGUGGUUAUUAACCCAAGAGGCCCAUUGAAUCUGCUGCGUGGAUACAUUGGAAACCGGAAUGGAUACAUGUACAACAAACGGUUUUUUUCUUCUGAAAUAGACACAGACUAUGCAUUGACCAAGACAGAAGUAUCCAGUAUAGGCGAACAAGAGUACGAAUUUACAAGAACACCUGUGAAUGAUAGAGUACACAAAGACUUGGAUACAAAAACCCCAGAAGGCAAGUAUCUUAGCUCUUAUCACGCACAGCUCAUAAAGAUGUUCCCCUCAGUGAAUGGAGACCUCUCCAUUGAGGCAGGUAGAUCAAAUGCACUUACAAACUUCCUAAGAGCAGAUCAUGUUAAGAAAGACACAAAGUACAUCCUCGCUGCUCUUCUUCUUAUUUCAGAGGGCGUUGACAUUAAAAUAAAUAUAGACCAUACAGGAGAAAAAAAGAAACUUGUCAUAAAAAGUAAGAAAAGCAAGGAGAAAGUAUUUGUAGAUGUGGAAAUGCACACAGCAGGCCUAGACCCAGUUACUAAUGAGCACAGUGAAAACAUCUACCAAAGUGAGGCUGCUGAAAUUGUCAAGUUCUAUAUACGGUGCAGAGACAAUCCGCUGCUAAAGAAAGGGGGUGUGUUUGCAAUGCCUGCCACAAAAGAACAAUUUGAGAGUGGGAAUUUUCUGAACAAUGCAGCCUUCCUUAUACAGACGUAUAUAUACGAGUUCAUCGACACAGCAGAAAACUAUAAGGACUUUGUGAAUGCAGCGCAUGAACUACUGGUUGAUCAAGUAACUGAAAAGGAGAACCCAGAGCAGACAAAGAAGAAGGGUAAAAAGGGCAGAAUAUUCGAUGAGCUCUUCCUAGCAAAAGAUGCAUUUGAUGAAAACAAAAAAUAUAUUGAAUCGUUCUGUGGCCUUCUGAAAGCUACAAAUGAGAAUGCUAAAUUUCCCUUCUGCAAUGAUAGUCAGUUGCCACGGUAUACUAGAGUACCGCGGCGUAAACUAAAAAAGUCUGGCUUUGAGCUAAAUCAGUCCUUAUACUAUAGCAACUGUGUAGAGACGGCUCUGCUUGGACUGUUCUGCUGCCUGGCAUAUAAUCCAGAGACAGGGAAGUAUGAGACAGACCACAUGGGAAAAAAAAUAAGCAAAGAGCUAAGAGACUUCUUUGGAGACUAUCCUAAGCCAACAGAAACCACUGAUUUUGAAAUGCAUAAGAGAUGGUGCGAAGUUGUUGCUUGCUUAAAGAAUAAAAAGAUUGACUACAGGCAGAGUAAAAACGAGCUUCUCUCUGGAGUUAGAAAUAUAUUUCUUGCUAUUUCAGGAAUAACAGGCAAGAAGAAAGAAAUACUAAAGCUGGUUAAGUGUAUAAAAGCUGCAUGUAAAGCAGGAAAAUUAGAUGAUAAGCAAAAGGAAGACAUGUCAAAUAAGAUAGAAUCGAUUAUUAAGUCUUUGUCACUGAAUAAAAGUGUGAGAGUAGAGUGCAAUGACAUGGCACUUGGGAAGAGGUCAAGUGGAAAGGCAGAUAUUUUAGCUGAGAUUAACAUUAUUUAUACCUUUGGUGAAGCAUCUAAUGGAGUUUCUUUGGAUAUAAAACAAGGGCAUGCCGAACUUUCUCUUAUUUCAUCUUCAAAUACUAGCUCUGCAUAUAUUAAAGAAAAGUAUGAAGAAGUAGAAAAUACUUACAGUGGUAUAAACUGCUAUAUAGGAUACAUUGUGGGUCAGUACGUUAAUGCAGAGUUAGAUGCUUUAAUUUGUAGUGAUUAUAAUCGCAGUAAAGAACUUAAGGAAAUAUUAACCCCAAUUAUACAAAAAGCAUUAGAAGGCAUAUCUAGAAUAUUCUUAUUAGGAAGGAUUUCUGACAUUGAUGUUAAAAGAAUUAUUAUGAAUAUUUUUAUAAUUCGUAUCAUAGAUAAGGAAUUAGGCCCAACUAACCCUCUAACACGGUUUACUGCAAACAUUUUAGGAAGUGUUCCUCUCAAUGAUUAUGCAUCAAGAUGGCGGACAAUGAUAGCCCUCCCGUUUCAUGCAAGCUGGCAGGAGCUCUAUCCAAGACUUGGGUUUAAGCCAUCAGAGAAUAUCCCCAAAAGAGAUCCUAUUUGGUAUAGCGUUUCUAUGUUAGAUUUAAGUAGUGUUUUGCUAGCUCUUCCAGCGCGUACUGCACUAAAAUCCAUAUAUAACUAUCUUGAAUCAACAAUGAAUAACAACAUAAUAUCUUGGUUUAGACUAUAUAUGAUGCGCUCAAAAGAUCUAUUUUAUCAUAUUAUGUCUAAUGGGGCGGUAGAUGACUUGGUGAAAAUUCAAUCCACUUUCAAAGAAGAACCUGUAAAAGAAUGCGAUUUAAACACUAUGUAUAUUUCCUGGGUUUUCUAUGCAUGCUCGGAUGUUAGUAAGUUCACAGAAGAAUUUAUUAAGACAGCUUACGACUUUAUAACGGUUGAUAAUUUACCAGAUAUAUGUAAUUUUAAAUUGAUUGGAAGAUGUAAUGUGGAUGCAUUAAAAAACUUUCUAAGUGUUUUUGAAGAAAAGAAAGCUCUUUUCUGCUCAGAAGAUAACAGCGAAAGUAUGAUAAAGUAUGAAAAAUUAGUAUCAUUCUUCAAAUUGGCUAUUGAAGAUAAAGGUUUAUAUUUGGAUCUAGGUUAUGGCGAAAGAGCAAGGCGGAGAUAUAAUUUCGAAUAA